GCGACCGGCCAUCAGGACCUCCGCCGACGACGCACGCGGCGCACUAGCGAGAUGGGUCCCUCCGCGUCGCUGCUGGCUGUCCUCUGCGCGCUGGUAGCCGCCCCGGGCCUGGCGUACAGGAGGCCGCUGCUCGAGGGCCAGGAGUGCCGCACCAGGUCCGGCGAGGCGGGAGUCUGCCGGCUCGCCCCCGACUGCCCCGCGGCCUCCGAGGCCCUGCAGAGGCGCGGCGAGUGGCCCGUCACGUGCGGCUUCCAGGGGCGCCGCCCCGUCGUGUGCUGCAGGGCGCGGGCGGGCAACUCGCUGCCCGACACCACCACCACCACCACCACCACCACGCCCGCGAGGAGGAAGAGCGAACAAGCUUGCCAGGAAUACAACAAGUUUCCCAACGGCGUGAGGUUAAACAUAAUUGACGGCGAUAUCGUGUCCCAAGGGGAAAUGCCGCACAUGGCUGCCCUGGGCUUCGCCACGCCUGGAACGAGCGCUCUGUCCUGGGACUGCGGAGGCUCCCUGAUCAGCGAGCGCUACGUGCUCACGGCCGCUCACUGCUUCCAGAGGCGAAACAGGCGGCUGGCGCGGGUUAUGCUGGGCGGCGUGGACCUGAGGACGCGCUCCGAGGGCUCCGAGCAGGCGGCGGUGGAGGCGGUGAUACCGCACCCGGAGUACCGCGCCGCCUACCACGACGUGGCGCUGGUGCGGCUGGCGCGCCCCGUCAGCUUGUCCGAGACGCUGGCGCCCGCCUGCCUGUACGCGCGGCCGGGUCUGCCGCCCGACGUGCUGGAGGUGGCCGGCUGGGGCGCCACCGACCCCCUGGGCGACCAGAAGAGCGAGGUGCUGCUGAAGGCCGUGGUGCGGAGCGUGGACCGGCAGACGUGCGAUGGCCUGCACCGGGGCAACCCCCUGCUGCGCAGCGGUGUGCAGGAUACCAUGAUCUGCGCCUUCGACCCGCAGGGCAGGAAGGACACGUGCUCGGGCGACUCAGGAGGACCGCUGCAGGCGCUCACGAAGGAGGCCAGCAACGUUUACUCCAUCAUCGGCGUGACCAGCCUGGGGUCGUCUGUGUGCGGCGGUUCCACCCCGGCCGUCUACACCAGGGUGUCCAGCUACGUGCCGUGGAUAGAGAGCGUGGUGUGGCCCGACCCGUAGGCCGCUUAACCCACCUCCCGUGAUGUAUUUCACCGAAGACUGUUUAUUAGAGACUGGAAAAAUUCGCGCUUUGGAUGACCUCUAGUAUAGACUCCAUAAUCCCCUACGCACUCGCUCAAAUGCCACCUGCUCACUGGCUACUGAGACUCGUGAUACCUGUCAACUGGGACGCUUGCGAUUCGAAGGUUUUUUUGGUUGAAGGUUUUUCAUUGGCUCAAAGUCCUUCAGAUAAACUGUGAACCAAUCAGAGAAGAAAUAUAAAGGUACAGUUGUUUGGAUUCUAUCAUAUUGUGAAAUGAAUUCGCGAUUUUUUUCGGUCUCUACUGUUUAUUUAUUUAUGUGUAGGGACCGGAAAAAAUUCGCGGGUUCAAUGACCUCUAGGACGAACUCCAUAGUUCGACGUACACUCGGUCAAAUGCCACCCCAUCAUUGGCUUCAGUCUCGUGAGACGUUCCAGACGUAGCAGCGUGUGAUUCGAUGAAGCUAUGGUCAGGUGUUUCUCAUUGGCCCAGUCACCCGGGUGAGUUGUGAACCAAUGACAGAGGCAGCACUGAGGUAUAAAGAUUUGUAUUUUAGCCUAUCGCGAAAUGAAUUCGCGAAUUUUUCCGGUCUCUAUUUAUGUGUAAUUAUUUAUCAUGCAUUUCACACGACUUACCUCCGCGUGUCAUUUAAUUUUAAAACAGGUUUUUUCGUCGUGACGAACCAUUUGAAAAAAGUAUUUAAUGAUUACUUACUGCCCACGACAGUGUUCCAGUAAUUACUAUAAAUCAUGCCUUAAAUAGGCUUUUUUUUAAAUUUAUUUAUUGUCAUCUAUAUGUUAUUAAUUUAUUGUAGCUUUCCUUAAUUUAUUAUUUUUUUUUGUAUUCCACUACGUCUCGUCGAUACUUUAGUCAAAGGACAAAUCAGUCCAAAACGUUAAUUUUUAUACUUUAGUAAAUAUUAUUUAUUUAUUUAUUUAUUUAUUGGGAUAUAUGUAUUAGUUGAAUGAUGUUCCUUAAACCUUUUUUUUACUCAUGUAUUGUGCCAUGCAGUAAAUCAGUUGUCUAACAGAUGUUUUAGCUCGUGACAGUUUCCAUGACAAUGAAUAUCAGCUUUAUAAGAGCCAAUAGUGGUAUUUUAGGAAAUAGUAUUAUUUAUUGUGACUCGCGAUUUAUUUAUGUGACGUUCCUUAAGUUAUUAGUUAUUUUUUUUCUGUAUUAUGAAGUGUAUUAAAUGUCUAAUAAAUACAUAGAUACGAAGGCAUGUGUCCAAGACAUUGUAAAUUAGUCCCGAAAAAGGAAAACUAUGUAGAAAUUAUUAGUAUUAAUUUAUGUGUAACAUCUAAGUCUCGGUAUACGGCAUAUGGUGUGAGUAAUUUCGUAAAUGCGACGGAAUUCAAUGAACGGAAAUGUGUAACACCAUGGUGCUGUCAUUUUUGGCGGAUGGCGAGUCAAAAGUUCACAAAUUUACCUAAAAUUCCUUGUCCAUAAUCAGGUCCAAUUCCAGAGUUUAGUUUUUUUUUAAGUCUUUUUGCUUUUAUCGGAGCCGUUUCAUUAUAUAGUUAAAAAUUUAUACCUGCUAAUCAAAUGGUUCAAUAGUCGUUGUAGCCUCGAAUUCUAGCGGUGGGUGCGGAAACUUCGUGUGAUUUGCGUCCAGAAAUGUAGUUUAAAACACAUUUUACGAACAUUUAUCAUGCUCGGCAUUAUUUUUAAGAAUUCUACGUUGAAUUUAUUGUCCAAAUUUCGUAUUAUAAGUGUGUUCACAACAUGAAAAUACAUGAAUUCGCUCGUUACCGAGGUUAGAUGUUACGUAUCAAUGACGAGUACUGAAAAACUCGCUAACAUGUAUUUUUUAUUGUGAUCUAAGUAUUAUUUAUGUGAUAAUUGAAAGUGUUUUUAAUAUUUAUUUGUAUAAAAAGAUCAGCAAAUAUUUAAUAGUAUUUAGGCACUGGAAAAUGUUUAGAUAUUGCAAAUCAGUCCAAAAAAAUGAAUUUUUUUUAUUGUACUUUAAAGUGUAAUAAAUGUAUAAUAGUUAUUUUGCCAAAGUGGAGUGUCCAAUAAAUUGUUAAUCAGUCUGAAAAAAGGCCAAUUUUGAUAUUAUAGCUGAUAAUAUUUAUUAAUUAUUUAAUGGGAUUACAUAUUAUUUAUGUGAUUCAUCAAAGUUUAUUUUUGUACUUUUAAACUUAUUAUGAAGUGUAGAAAAUGUCUAAUAGGUAAAUUGGCACAGUAUAUUGUCCAAGAUAUUGUAAGUCCAUCCAUAAAAGAAAACCAUUAUAUUUUAGUGAACAAUAUUUAUUUAUCGUGAUCCAAACAUUAUUUAUAUGAAGUUCCUUACUAAAGUUUUAUUUUUAUUAUAUUGUCACGUCUCACUUUCAGAGG